CAAAAGGUAUAAAAAGAGUCGCCUCUCUCUUCGUUCACUUCUCCUGCUCUGUCAACCUGCUCUUCCAUUUUUCCCUCUUUUGUCGUACCAUCCACACUCUGAGCGGCAACCAUGACGCAGCUAGAGACAGCCAUGGCCAUCCUGAUGAAGACUUUUGAUACUUACGCAGCUGGCGAAGGAAAACCGGACACAUUAACCAACGCUGAGGCCAAGACUUUGCUGCAGAAGGAGCUGCCUGGACUGCUUAAGGAUGCAAAGAACCAAGACGCGGUGGACAAGCUGCUGAAAGGUCUGGAUUUUAACGGCGACUCUGAGAUCGACUUCAGUGAGUUUGUGAUUCUGGUCGCCAGUUUGACCUGUGCCUGCCACGACCGCAGUGGAAAGAAGUGAGCAGGAGGACCUCGCCCUCAAAACGACGGCAGCAACGGCAUGAAAUCAUUAUAGCUGCUGUAUUUUUGUAACAACGGAAUAAAGAGAUUUAUCUACC